UGCGCCCUGCUCCGCUGCAUCCCAGCCUUGGAUUCCCUAAAGCCUUCCAAUGAGGAUCAGAAAAUAGGUAUAGACAUUAUUAAAAGAGCACUCAAAAUCCCCGCAAUGACCAUUGCCAAGAACGCGGGUGUUGAGGGGUCUUUGAUAGUUGAGAAGAUUCUGCAGAGUUCCUCGGAAGUGGGGUACGAUGCCAUGCUCGGGGAAUUUGUGAACAUGGUGGAAAAGGGAAUCAUUGAUCCAACAAAGGUCGUAAGAACUGCUUUACUGGAUGCUGCUGGGGUGGCCUCCUUGCUAACGACAGCAGAAGCUGUAGUGACCGAAAUUCCUAAAGAAGAGAAGGACCCUGGAAUGGGCGCAAUGGGGGGAAUGGGAGGGGGGAUGGGAGGUGGCAUGUUCUAAUUCCUAGAAUAGCGCUUUGCCCUU